AUGGGAACAACAGGAACGGAAAAAUCUCCUGUCUCUGUUGACUUUGCCACCCAUUUUCGAGGAGAAAUAAUCAACUCGGACCAUAUGCAAGUUUAUAAAGGACUUGAAAUAGUGAACAACAAGAUCACAUACGCUGAGAAACAAGGUGUACGACACUAUUUGCUAGGUGAAAUUGAGCUAGAUUACAACUUCACGGCCGAAGAUUUUUGUCUGAACUUCAUUGAAUACAUAAUUUUUUUUUGGAAGACUCAAUGUGUUCCAAUUAUUAUUGGUGGGUCAAAUUCGUUUAUUGAAAAACUUGUGGAAGACCCUGUAUUCAUGUUCAAACAUAAGUAUGACAGUUGCUUUAUUUGGAUUGAUGUAGAGCAAUCAGUCUUGAACCGUAGAAUUGACACGAGGGUUGAUGAAAUGGUCAAUGCAGGGCUAGUGGAUGAGGUGCGGCAAUUUUACAUUCCAGAUGCAGAUUAUACCAAAGGAAUCCGACGGUCCAUUGGUGUCCCUAAAAUGGCCAAAUAUUUAAGGGAAGUAAAAAAUAUAGACGGAGAUGAUGAAACAAAGAAGAUGAUUAUUCAAUCUUCAAUUUCAAGUAUCAAGCGUAAUACUCAGCAAUCAGUCUUGAACCGUAGAGUUGACACGUGGGUUGAUGAAAUGGUCAAUGGAGGGCUGGUGGAUGAGGUGCGCCAAUUUUACAUUCCAGAUGCAGAUUACACCAAAGGAAUCCAACGGUCCAUUGGUUUCCCUGAAAUGGCCAAAUUUUAA